AAGGUUGAAGAUGUAGCAUAUUCCUUGCUCGGUAUUUUUGGCGUUGGCCUGGAGGUCGUGUGCGGACCGCGUACGGACCGCUCAUUCUGCAGGCUAGGCUAUCAUGCAGUGGGUGACCCUUCUGGUCUCAACUCCAACACAUCACAGUUCGCACGCUAUUCCUAG